UGCCUAAUUUUGUCAUACAAUGUUUUUAUACCUAGGUUACAGAAACUAUGGUCUGGUGGAAGCUUAGGGCGGAGCUUAGCUCCUACUUUUUUGUUUUGAUGCGUUUUUGUCUUGAAGCCUAUUGCUUGUAACUGUUAAGUCUGUCGAGUACUAAGCCGAUUCUAUUUCAAGGGUAGCGAGUCGAAACGGGACAUGGAGACCAUGAUUAAACGACCCGACUAAAAUUUUGCACUUCGGGCAUAUUGAGCGCAGUAAGAAAUCACGCCAGGAAUUCAUGCAAGAGGCUAUAAACAUAUAAUUGGAGGAUUAUCCCCGCAAAAAUAAUUGGACAACUUUUUAACGGAUGUAGGCUACUGUCAUCGCGUUUUUGUUUUUUUAUUCUAGUGUGUUAGGCUACUGGAGGACAGAACAAAUUCGUUUAGCCCUUGAUUAUAGUCAGGUGUUUUUAAUGAUAAUCUCUCCAGUCUUAAUGAUUGCUAAAGAAAAUCCAACAUCUACAGACCUAUCCCUCAUCACUAUGAGAACCUUAUGACUUUGGAACGCACAAGUCAGUUUUCUUCAUUGGGGAUCAGCAGACACUUGAGCUGCCACAGCCCAUGGAGGUGGUGUCGAAGCAGGAGCGGGCGGACCAAAGCAAGGCCGACGCUGUCAAGAGUGACCAGGAGGGGGACAAUGCGAUGGCCUCUGGCCACAGCUGUGGUCUCUGCGGACGGAGCUUCCCUCUCCUUAGCUCGCUGUCCCAGCAUAUGCGCAGGCACACUGGAGAGAAGCCGUACAAGUGUCCUUACUGCGAACACCGGGCGGCCCAGAAGGGCAGCCUGAAAGUCCACAUCCGCAGCCACAAGCUGGGCCUGUUCAGCCGAAGCCUGGGCAAGAAAGAAGAGGAAGGCAAGAAAAGGGAGGGGGAAGUGGAGGAGGAUGGGGAGCAAGGACAAACACAGAGAGACCCCCAGCAACUGCUUAGUCCCGACAACAACCUUUCCAAAGGCACCUCGGCCAAGAAGCACAAAGUCAAUGGCAAGACAAAAAAGAAAAGCACCAAGAAGAAAGAUGACGACGCAGUGAUCCAGAAUGACGGCAAGGAGGACAAAUCACAAACCACGGCUGAGGGCAACUCAUUUCCGGGAGGGACCAACUGGAUGGACGAAAGGGUCGAGGAGGCCAGUGCUGGCUCCUUCCCCUGUGGGUCUUGCAGCCAAGUCUUUUCCCAGGCCCUGCUCCUCAAGGCCCACAUGAAGAAGCACCGCGGCUCCCUAGACCAUGGCUGCCGCAUCUGCGGCCGGCGCUUCCGCCAGGCCUGGUUCCUCCAGAGCCACAUGCGGAUUCAUCGGGCCAAAAGCCAGCUGCGGGCUGGGGGUGGUGACAGCGGCGAGUCCCCGACAACCCUCAACGGGGUUCCCCGGGAGCCGGCGUCCCUGGUGAACGAUGACUGUCUCUACGAGCUGUGUGCCGGCUGCGGCAACUUCUUUUACGACCGCAAGACCCUCCGGCUGCACGAGAGGGUCCACAAGCAGAGCCAUACCCCCAACAAGCCACUGCAGCAAGACCCCGAAAAUGGCUCGUCAUCACCCGCCGCCAAGAGUCACUUCCUGGAAUGCCUUAACCUCAGGGCAGCCGGGGCUGGAGAGGCAGCUAUAGAGGGGAAUCUUGGAAGACGGAUCCCCGAGCUGGACCCGGUAUGCAGUUACCAGGCCUGGCAGUUGGUCACCAGAGGGCAUGUGGUUGAGGUGACAGAUAAAAGUCUAGGCUGGGAGGAGAGGCUGGCGGAUGCCGACGUGGUGUUUGACCAGGAGAAAGGCGAGUAUGUGCCGCUGAAACAGGAGAAGCGGAAGAGGCAGCUGGACUCCUCCCAAAGCAGGAAGAAGAAAGGUUCCCAGGAUGUUGUUGUUAAUGGUGGUUGCGGUGGGAUCUCCCACCAGCAUGGUGACAGUAGAAAUAGCCGCACCUUGUUGAAUGGGCUCAGCCCAGAGACGUUUGGAAUAUUGCAGAAAAAGGUGAAAGAUGGUCAUCAAGCCAGCAAGCAAGCCACCAAAUCAAACUCUUCCAGUCAGCCCAGCACACCAAGACAAGAACAUUCUCUGUCUGCCUCUUCCAUAAAGAGGAAUAAUAUCAGGGACCCAACCUAUGAAGAUACUAAGCCAUACUUCUGCGAGCACUGUGACUUCCACACCAGCGACCCUUCUUGCCUCACGUUCCACAUGCACAAGCUGCACAAGCACAUCAGGGAUGCACGUCAUCACAUACUGGAAGCAGUUAUAGAAGACCCGAGCCACGGCACUCCCAAAGUCUCAGGUUACAUGGAAUAUCUCCGGCUGAAGAGCACACUGCUCAGCCAGCCCUACUGGAAUCCUCCUGGCCAGGAGAGGGCAGCAUCGAGCGGACAGUCUGAAAAUUCGAGGAGCCUAAAGGUCAAAGGGCAAUCCUCUCAGGAAUCUAUCAUCAACGCCAGCCUCCUCAACCUGUCUGCCCCGCCCGAGGGCCAGCAGGAGGAUAGUGAUGCAAACCCUGUGGCAGCGCUGUCCGAGGGUAAGCUAGUCAGACACCAGUGUCCGUUCUGCACCCACACCACCCAUUACCUGGAGGUGCUGUGGAUCCACCAGCGUGUGGCCCACAGGGUGGAUAGUGGCAGCUCCCUGGCCCCCAAGUGGGCCCCCUACGUCACCUGUUUCAAGGGCUCCAAGGCUGCUGGACGACGCACGGGGCCCCCGCCUUUCCUGGAAGGAAAAGACUGCCCAGCGCUCCCAGUGCCCCGGUCCCAGCGCACCAAAACCCCAGGUUCCACUGCCACGCAACCUUCAGGUGGAGGCACCAAGAGGGCAAAGACCCACACAAGCACCACAACUACUACUGUCCAGUCCAACACCAGCCAGGCCAUGGUGUCAGGGUCACGUACCUCCACAAGGUCACCCACUGGUGGUGGGAAGUUGCUCCUACCUCAAAAGAAGAGGUUGUCAAGCCUCCCAAACCAUACGGGGGAGGUGGCAAAUAAGAGCGCCCGAUCAAAAACAGAAGCCCACCCUAAAGUUCCUGCCGCCACCACCACCGCCGCCUCAACCAGCAUCCGAGGAUUCUCCCAGCAGUCGACAAGCAGACCCAAAUCUGGAAGCCAUCAUCGGGCUGCUGCCGGGGGAAGCCUGCUUCCGCAAGAGGGCCUCGGCUUUAUUCUCGCCAGGAACCAUGGCAGGGCUGACCACACAUCCCAUCUUACCCCAGACAGAACUCACUUACACCCCCAGCCCCAUCCACACCCACACAGCCAUCCACAGGAUCCCCCUGCAGCCCUGAAAGGUCAAGACCUUUGGUCAGUCACAAACAUGUUUGGGGCGCAGGGCAGCAGUGGGUACCUGGCACCCACCACCGCCUUCGGCCAUGGGAAGAGGGAGUUGACUGCUGGGGACAGCAGAGACACCCCGGUGGACAUGGACAUCCUGGGUCUGUUGAAGAACUACAACCCCCACGACCUGGCAGCUCUCUACCAGCACUGGGGCUUUGUAGAUCCCAGGCUUGACCAACAAGCGAUACUGCAGUACAAUGGACAUUUUGGAAAUGAAGUCCAUUCCUCCACGGAGGCCUCCAAACAAGUGAGCGGCCGUUCCUCUACUUCCACAACCUCUCUUAGGAAGGGGACAUGAAAACUCUGCAUGCCACAUGCCCUGAAAACUCGACUUCCCAAAAUGCACUGCUGCAAGAUGAGAAGCCUGCAGUCCCUCACAGGAACCAAGCCAUGACUACAGGAGAACAGUGACUCUUCACUUGAGGGGCCCAAUUGUCUCAAGGGACACUCUUUGUCUACAACUAACUGACCCUCCCGGACUGAUAAAGCUACAAUUACAUGUGGACGUGACAGAGUGGAAAUUCUUCCCCAACUGGGGUGUGAACUCACAACCCUCUACACUGUAACGCAACAUACUCAAGAAGCACCGUCAAUACCUCGGACACAGAAAGGACAAGGCGUUUCUGCAUCCAGAGUGGCAGAACUUCUCAGGAAUGCAGUAGCUAUGCACUUAACCAUCUGCUACAUCACACACGGGGCUUAGAUGUUUAUGUGGUGACAGUAUACUGACCUAGGGAUGGUGUAGUUGUUUAGCUCAUGGUGAUUGAGUUCAGGCUGGGUUAGUGAUAACUGAUUCUAAAUCCGUUGUUAAAGGGCAGAAAACCAGGAUCCCCCAGGGUGUUUUAUGUAACCUUCAAUGCAAACCCGUUUAAUCCAUGUCAGAGCAAAAAGACAAGCAAAGACUGAAACUUUCAUAUUAUAUCCCUCCAGAGAAUUGAUAGAACGUUUUGAAGUAAUCGGAUUGGUAUGUGUGUUUACUGUGAAUGUGUGUGUUAGUGUUUUAGUCAUCUGUUUAUUUGAGCUUUUGACACUUUUUUUGUGUGUUAUUUGGAAACUGUUUGGCUUGGUCAGCCAGCUCACACAAGCAAAGUUACCAUCCACCUGGAAAGCUGGAAUCUUUAAUAGUAAAACUGCCAUGUCCAUUUGUGAUAUUACAACAAGAAACAAAUUACUGCAAACAACAAACACAUUUUUUUCUCUCGGACAUCAUAGAACAGCAGCAUAUAUUCAUUAUUCUUAAAACAAACAAAAAAGUAUACCUUGAUGCACGACGCUCCCCACCUCUGCUUCGUCCAACAAACAAAAUCAAUAACAAUGGCCAUGGGGUUGACAGUGGUAUGGAUUCCCUCACUGAGGAGUUUCUCCCAUCUUUAAGCAACAAUAAUGAGGCGCCUGUUUGUGGCUUUACCGUCCAUCUCCAGCCAUGUUUACAUGAACAACAACGAUGCUAGACUCUGCUGACCAGGGAUGUAGUGGAGGGUAAACACACAAAAUGCUGGCAAGUAGCCUCGAGGUUGGAGCGUUGGGCCAGUAACCGAAAGGAAUACGAAUACUGGAGCCAACCAUGUGUCGGGUGUGCCCUUGAGCAAGGCACUUAACCCUAAUUGCUCCAGGGGUGCUGUACAACGGCAACCCUGGUCGUGACCCAACUCCCUGCGAGUGACUUGAGGAGUUGGGAUAUGCAAAGAAAUAUAUAUAUAUAUAAUCCAUUAUAAACGUAUUAUUUACUCACCUUUUUAAUUUGUGAAAUGACGUUUACCCACUUAUUAUUGCGUUCCCAAGCGUAGAUCAAAGCUCAGAACGCAAAUUCUCUUGAUGAGUUCUACUCGCGCCUUCCUUCUUUUAGCGAACAGCUAAACGCUGCCCUCUCGCGAAUCGCAGCACAGACCGAGGACCAGUGAAUCAAACUACCCCAGCAGACCAACGGCAAGUGGCUAUAAAAGUAGGCAACUAGAGAGUGAGUGUACAACUGGCAAAUAGUUGCGUAUAGAUAUGUCAGUCAGGUGGCAGAGACUUCUAGUAUUGCUUUAACAUUUUAAAUGAUUAAAGGGCUCUGGCUAGUGUUAGCCAGCUAGCUAGCUGGAUGAAGAAAGAAGCUAACGUUAAAUGGCGCUUGACCAGAGCAGGGGCAAAAUAUAGGCUACUAAGUUCUCAUCAUAAAUUUGCUUUACAGAGAGUACUGAAAUGUUUAUAACUAACCCAAGAUAGACCAGAGCCUGUCGUUUCCAAUGGGAGCAAAUUAAUCAUAGUGGGCAGAAUAAGUAAGGAGGUGGGCAGAGCCAAGCACAAGUUAGUUUGAUCCUACUGGAGCGUUCUCGCAUUUAUUUAGGGAACGCCUACUCUGAAGUGCGCGUGUGCAAUAACUACAUUUACCCUUACCCUCCUACUAAAUAACACAACUUUGGGAAAGGGUAAAGUCUACAAAACACAGUCCACUGUUACAGAUUCUAGUUUUGGAAACAGAAAACUGUAUGGAGAUGAAAUGUUUAAUCAAUUAUUUAUUUUUGCGGAAUGUCGGCCAAAAUCCAUCUCGCUCUAUCUUCUUCCACUGCCAGCAACUGUGCUUCCUUUCAUCACCAUAUUUGGUAGUGGGUGGCAAUGCCAACCGGAUGCUUCACAUUUAUACAUCAGAACAAUGAGCCAGAUAUUUCACCUAUCUGUGGGACUAGUCAGACAGACGGUGGCGAGGCUGCGGCAGGCUGCAAAGCAUGCAGGAGGCGGCAGAGGAGACACAGAGAGAGGGGAAGCAAGCAGAGAGCGAGAGGUUAGUACAGUGGUUCCCAAACUUGGGGUCGGGGCACCCUGUGGGGUCCCCUGAGAAAAUCUGUACUAAUCUUAUUAGACAAAUUAAGAACGUACAAAAAUAUGACAUUUCAAUAUCUCCCCAUAUCCUACCUUCCCUAUAGGCCUACAGUAAAAUGCAAACAAUACAGAUAUAACAAUGUAACACGUCUUCCUGUAUUUCGUUAGUCUUCUCUUGAUCGCCCACUGGACUUUAUAGUUUACCCACCCAUUGUUUUACCACUAUGUCAAUGCUGCUGACUAUGUAUGUUCUGUCGCGUUAAGCCUGUAUAUCCACUCAAGUGGAUAUCCCAACAUUGGAAGACUGGCUUCCGAUGCUAGGAAGCACUGACCAUGUGGAACAUUUCAAACAUGGUGUUUCUCAGACCUCAGAAAGUUGUAAGUCCACGUCCCGGGCUAUGUGAUCCAGACGGAAUGGAAAAUUAAUCCAAAACAAAUGCAUGGAAAAGGAAAGCACUAUGUAAUUUACAGAUUUGCAGUGCUUCAUGCAUAUAGCUGGAUCUACACAACCAAUGGUGUUGUGGACCUGGAACAGAAGGCCACUUUUGAGGUCUGAGAACAGAAAAUGUCCCUUUUAGAUGGUAAUGUGCAGUUUGACUCCAUGAAAAUGACUACUCUUCAAUGAGGAGGAUUGUGGGUCAGUCUUGGAUUGUCUGUUUCGAAAAACACUGUUCUUUAGUUCCUUUUUGCCGUGUUUUACUUUUUGUGUUUUGCUGGAUCACUGGAUAUCUGUCUUAGAAAUGGCUUCUGCAGUUUUUUCCCAAGUUAUUUUAGCUGUGCACAAGGAAAGAAAGCCAUCCAUGUUAAAGAAGUACCAAUCUUAUGUUAUUACUACGUUAUUUAUUGAAUAUUAUAUGAUAGUUAUCCACCUUGAUUGAUUGUCGUAUGUUUUUUUUAAAGGUCUAAUGAAUUGAAGUCAGAAUUAUAUAGAUCGUAAAACGAUAGACACUCGUAAUAAGAAAAGGUUGGGGCUUAGUGUGGACAUGUGUUAAUCAGAACACUUCAUGAUGAUUUGCAAUGUUCACUCAGUGCUGAGAUAUUCUGUGACUUUUAGGACUUUAGAUGAUGAGGCUGUAUUUUCAAAGUAUUUAUAUUGCAUAAUACCUGUUAGUACAAAUAAAACUUGCUAUAUUUA